AUGCCGGGACAACUUCGGCCGCCUUCUCCGAGGAUAAAUCGUAGUAGUAAUAGUGGUAGUACUACGAAGGAUGCCACGAUACAGAAAGUGGAUACAUUUUCCACUACGGCCGAGAGCGAUGCCGAGACCACCAUCAGUUUAACAUCAUCUGAAGGGUCGCCACCAUCUAAUAUACGGAAUGUAUCAACAGAAGUGAAGGGGAAGCAAGUCUCCGGAACGUCGGUGUCUAGACCAGAAGGUUAUGCCCCUGUCAAGAGAGUGUCCAAGAAUGUAUUGUCGCCGGUUGGAACAUCCAACAGACAAUCCAAUGUCGUAAAACGAACAUCUCCGUCAACUUUGUCCAAGGACAAUACUGCUGCAAACAAAACACUGCCACCCAAGGUCUCCACGAAACGAACAUCUGCGGCAAGUAUGAGAAGUUCUGGUGGAUGGGAUACGUUAGCAAAAAAGUCGACUGGUUAUCGAAACAGCAGUAGUGCAAGCGUUGGUUCCAGAACAUCCAUCAACAAGAAGAACAGUGCUUUGGCCAACAAAGGGACAGUGGCGGCCAGUAGUUCCAGCGUUGGUUCCAGAGCAUCCAUCAACAAGAAGAACAGUGCUUUGGCCAACAAAGGGACAGUGGCGGCCAGUAGUUCCAGCGUUGGUUCUAGAACAUCCAUUAAUAAGAAUUUGGCAAAUAAAGGGACAGUGACGACCAACAAGGCUAACCCCAAAAAUGAACUGAUUGCCAAGCUGAACAAGCAAGUGGAAAUGUUGCAAGAGAAGCAAAAGAAGGCCGAUGCCAAUCAUCAGAAAACUACUCAACAUUUGGAAGCGAAACUGGAUGAUCUACGGAUGGCGGACUCCAUUUUGAUUGGUCAGCUGAGAAGUGAACGAAAUGACCUGAAGGAGCAACUGGACCAAGCUAAUGAUCGAUUACAGUCAAUCGGCGAAGAGCAUGGAGAUGCUAUGCAAAAGGAGCUAGCACUGAAAGGAAUUUUGGAACAACAACUUGCCGAGGCGCAUGCUCGCAUCGGCAAACUGUCAGAACAGGCCAUGGACGAUCACUUUGGUGGCUCCAAAAUUGACAUGUUGCGAGAACGCCGCCGAACCAUUGAGGCACAAAUGUCACAAGGUGGGCAACCAAAUAAUAAUGAAAGCGCGAAGGAUCAACUUUCCAACAAACCCGAGAAUCGUCAGGUGGAUGUCGAUAUGGAACGAGUGAUGAAGAAUUUGAAGGAUGAGCUAGAAGCGAGCAAGCAAGUUAUAGUGCAGCAAAAAGAGCAGUUGCGACUAGUGCUCGAGUGCCAAGAUAGCAACAACGAAAAAGAAACCACCAAUUCCUCCAGUGACGACGAAGGUGAAUGGAAGGCACGAUUCUUGGAGAUUCAAAAGCGUCAUUUGCAGCUUGAAUGCGAUCGAGCAUGGAGCGAGUUCCAACUGCGGAAUCGCAUUACGAAUGACAGCCUCAAGUUUAACCGACGGCUGAAGCAUUGGAAGGACAGGGUGCAAGACGUGGAAACCAAGUUGGACACACUUGAAACAAUUCGAUCAGCCAGAGAACAACAACAAGUCCCAGAGGUAGCUCCUUUGGAUGAUAGCAGUGGCGGUAGCAAAUCUACAGAACAGCCUCCGGAACGAGGUUGGUGGGGAUUUCGAAAGUAA